CUGCUUUAAGCGUCGGACGCCCAGAUUCCCAGGACUGAGAGUUGCAGCCCCUAAACGAAGAUGUUGUCAACUUUGAUCACCCUCACAACAUUGUUUGUGCUGUCGAAUGCUCAGUCAUGGGUGCCCUCUGGCUAUCUUCCCGUGGACUUCACCCUCACAUUCUCAGCCCCACAAAUGGUGUAUGACGUUUGCAGUCGUAGUUUUACCCAAAGUGCUCGGACUGUUUCUGUGGACACCACUGGUGUCUCGGUGACGCCUGGUGAAACUGCGAACGACCCAACCACCAUGACUAUCACUGGUGCAUCGUCAGGUGACAUGUUCACCAUUUUGAUGGUAGACCCAGACACGCCCGCUGCUGAUGUCGGCACGACAGAAAAACCGCUGCUCCAUAUGCUGAUCACAAACAUAACGAACGCAGACCCAACUACCGGAGCGGUGCUUCAGUCGUACCAAGGCCCGAUGCCCCCACCCUGUUCGGGUGACCACACCUACCACUACCUGCUCCUGAGACAGACCGCCGCCUUGUCUCUGACCGUGAAUGAUCUCCCAAACUACACUCCAGACUGCACCAACCCUCGUCUUCCCGGCCGGUGUCUUUUUGAAGUGGCGAACUUCAUUUCGUCCAACCAGCUGACCCCAGUCGGUUACGUCACCAUGGUGGGAACCACAGACGGAUAUGUGCGUUACCAGUACGUUAACAACAGAGGGAUCAGUGAAGCACAGGCCUGUCAAGGGCUUGAUGGGUACGAUCCCUGUCCGACAGCGCCUCCUGGCAGCAGUGGAAAGAAAGUCAUGAUGUCGAUGUCCGCUGUCAUGGUGGCCGCCUGUGCUCGGACUAUUUCUGUGGCCACCACAGGUGUCUCGGUCACCCCUGGUGAAACUGCCCACCACCCCACCGCUAUGAUCAGUGGUGUAUCUUCAGGUGACUUGUUCACAAUUCUAAUGGUUGACCCAGACACGUCUUCUCCUGAUGUCGGCACAACAGAAAAACCGCUGCUCCAUAUGCUGAUCACAGACAUAACGAGUGCAGAACCGGGUACAGCAUCAGUGCUUGAACGGUACCGAGGCCCGAUGCCCCCGCCUUGUUCGGGUGACCACACCUACCACUGCCUGCUCCUGAAACAGACCGCCGCCUUGUCUCUGACCGUGGAUGACCUCCCAGGAUAUGCCUCACAUUGCACCAACUAUGGUCUCGCCGGCUGGUGUCUUUUUGAAGUGGCGAACUUCAUUUCGUCGAACCAGCUGACUCCUGUUGGUUACGUCACCAUGGUGGCAGCCACAGACGGAUAUGUCCGUUACCAGUACGUUAACGGCAGAGGAAUCGGCGAGGCAGAGUCUUGUCGAGGACUUGAUGGCUACGAUCCCUGUUCAACGUCGACAGCGCCCCCUAGCAGCAGUUCUGAGAAAGACACGACAGAGCCCCCUAGCAGCAGUUCUGAGAAAGACACGACAGAGCCCCCUAGCAGCAGUUCUGAGAAAGACACGACAGAGCCCACUAGCAGCAGUUCUGAGAAAGACACGACAGCGCUCCCUAGCGGCAGUUCUGAGAAAGACACGACAGAGCCCCCUAGCAGCAGUUCUGAGAACGACACGACAGAGCCCACUAGCAGCAGUUCUGAGAAAGACACGACAGCGCCCCCUAGCAGCAGUUCUGAGAAAGACACGACAGCGCCCCCUAGCAGCAGUUCUGAGGAAGACACGACAGCGCCCCCUAGCAGCAGUUCUGAGAAAGUCAUGAUGUCGCUGUGUGCUGUCAUGGCGUCCGCCUUGUGUCUGAUAUUCAGCUUUAUCUCCGUCCUUAACUAA